ACUGAGAGCCAGUGUGGAGGUAACCGUGGUCACUGUUUCCCAGAGGACCGUCUGCCGGCGAGGGCCAUUAAUUAUAAGAGACAGGGAGACAGACAGCUGGCCAGCUAACCAGACAGACAGACAGACAGACAGACAGUACCGCAGAGAGCGCAGACAGGACUGACAGGAGCAGGCCCCGACAAAUACAAAGAGAGGAGGAAGAGCAGCACGCACGGCCAAGAAAAAUAAUCCUCCCCUUGUAGCGAGUAGCCUACAGCUAUCUGCACCGCCCCGCUUCUCCUCCUGCCAGAGGACUAUGAGUAAAUACAUUCAGGCAUAAUAACCCUUUGUCAUAAGAGAAAGAAACGCGAUUUGCGACGGAGAUAAAUAAUUGAAAAAAAUGCGGCUGCCCGACUGCGCAUCCCUGGGAGUGAAUAGGGAAAUGCUGCGCCAGUGUCCCGGCUGAGAGACGGAGCCGAUCUUACCCAACAUAAGCUCCUGAGCUUCUCCCCCCCCCCUUGUCAUUACACAAUAUCGCUGCAAAAAAUCAUCGUUUCAAACAUGUGUGCAGGGAGACAGAAUAAAAGUUGUGUGUUGGCCAAUGCGCCCCUGCGUCGGUCCCAUCCUGCAGAAGCAUGUCCCGUCGGAAACAGAAACGACCCCAGCAACUUAUGAGCCUGACCCUCGGUGCCUGUCGGAUACUUGAGCAUGAUGACAACUUGGCAGUGAAGUCAAAAUCCUUUCCAUUUAUCCUGGAUUCUCCAUUGUGCUCUCCAUCCUCGUCUCCUCAAAGCUCCGAGCCGCCCCUCGCACUCCGUUCAUCUCUCAAGGGCUCUCAGACCCCCUCGCUACCCACUGAGGGUCCACUGCUAUCCUGCUCACCAAGCCAGCCCUCCCACCAGCCCGUCAAAGACCCACAGCCCUCCCCCUCCCCUGAUUUCCCUUAUUCUUCUCUCUCUUCCCAAACUCAACAUCCACCUGCCCUUCAACUGUCUGAUUGCAAUCCUACGUCUUCUACAAGUGCCCUCAUCCACCCUUCCCGAAGCGCACACAUGGCCUCUCCCAAGUUGGGGCUUUCAGCCACCACCACCACCUCUUCUUCCUCCUCAUCGUCCUCUGCCUCCCUAUGUCCUCCACCGCACCCUGGAAGCCCCAGCCGUGUGCCUGAGGGCCCCCCAAGUCCUGUUACUCCCACUCCCAGCCCAGGAGUGACAUCUGCCUCAGCUGCACCUUCUAGGGCCCAACUGAGCAUUGCCCUGAUCCUGGAGGAGCUGCGGGUGCUGCAGCAAAGGCAGAUCCACCAGAUGCAGAUAACAGAGGAGAUCUGUAGACAGGUGCUACGCCUCGGUGGAGCCUCCUAUACCAUAGACACACCUUCCCAGCAUCUCCUCCCUCCUCUGCCUCAGCUCUGCCUGGAAGGCAGCAAAAGGGCAGCCAGCCCAACUACUCAGCCAACUACACCUCAGCCUUCCACUUCAGUGGCUCCUCUCCUGGCAUGUUUCUCCUCCCUGCUCCCUUCUCAGGCAGCUAACAAAACCACAAAGCCAAGCAGUUCCCUGUCUCAAAUCCUGCAGCCCCACAAUCCCCAGAUUGAAGGAACAGGAGGGACUGCAGGGGCUCAUGGUUAUCUGAGGGUGAGUUCUCGAACCUCAGUUCCCUGUACCUCUUCCUCUGCUGCCAUCUCCAUGGCUUCCUCCACUUAUCCGCUAGCUCUGUCUUUAGCUCUGCCCAACCGCUAUCUUCAUGAGAAAUCUCCAAAUACUACUUCAGUGAGUGGAAACAGUGGCCGGUCUUUCCUAAACUCAUCCCUCCCCACAUCAGUAUCUAUGGUCCCAAACUCCCAACAUGCUCUGCAAUCUGUCUCUGGAGGAGCAGACUCUUCCUCUGCAUCCAGCUCCACCACUAGUAGCCGCCUCCAACAUGCCUGCCGCUUUUGUGGAAAAAUGUUCAGCAGUGACUCUUCCCUACAGAUACAUCUACGUUCACACACAGGAGAACGACCCUACCAGUGUCCUGUGUGCCUCAGCCGCUUCACCACACGAGGCAACCUCAAGGUGCACUUCCUACGCCAUCGUGAGCAAAACCCUGAGCUCUCACUUUCACUCCUGCCACCUUCUUUGUUUGGGGUAGCAUUAGGGGCCACUGGGGGAUCAGAUAUGGGACAGACCAUGAGCAGUGGUGGCAGCACGAGUGGCAUGAAUAUGAUACAGAAGAAGCCAAAAAGCAGGCCUGAGGAUGAAACAUGUGGAGAUCAUAUGGAGGUCGGUGGUGCCAGCACUGGCUUUUCUCUGGGGGCCUCUGGAGGAUCUACCCCUUCUACCCUACCCCUGGCCCCUAGUGUGGAUCUGGCUUUGAUUUCCCACUCUCUCCUGCAGCUCAAUAGGGCUGCAGCUGUAGCCGCUGCAGCCUCUAUCACCUCCGGCUCAUCCUCCUCCUCUUCAGCCUCCACCUCUUCUUUGGCUACAUCUCUCCUCUCCAACCCUUCCUUGUCUUCGUCUUCCACCAUCACAGAGUUAUUCAAGGGUGCCAAGCAGCAGCACUUUGAUGAGAAUACUCCCCCUCAUGCCCCAAUGCUUUCACCUGCAGCCUACUCCCAGCUAGCCCACCUGCCUAAGCUCCUUUUCCCAUCUGUCUCCACUUCUUCCGCUACUGCUGCUGCACACUCAUCCCUCUACAACCAUCCAGCCUUGGGCUUGCUACGCACCCCGCUACCGUCUACUCCAGGCUCCCACCAACUUGCUCCUUCCAGCCAUUCUCAGCUUUCGUUCCCUUUCUCUUCCUUUCCCAAAGUCCCAGGUCUACCCACCACCACUCCAUCCUCCCUGCCUUCCUCCAUGGCAACCUCCACUCCUACAUCUGAAACCUCCAAGCUGCAGAGGCUGUUGGAGAAGCUAGAGAAGGUGCCUCCCUGCUCCUCUUCUCCAUGGACUUCUUCCUCUACUUCCUCUUCCAUGCUGGAGAUGUUGGCUAGCAGUACCACUACCUCUUCAGCAAGUCCAGCCAACAGUCGUUUCACAAAUGCCAGCACUUCUACCACAUAUGUCAUGGCGUCCCCACCAUCUUCGACUCUUGUUUCCACUUCUGUUUCAAACUUCACCCGUGAGAUGGUUGCUGCCCUCGGCAUGAGUGCCAAUGGAGCUAGAGCCAUGGCAGGGGGCUUGCUACCAUCACUAAGCAUCAUAGGUCCAGCUGGCAACCUGACAACCAAUCAGUGUGGGGUGUGUCUACGGGUGCUGAGCUGUCCCAGAGCACUGCGUCUGCACCAGGCUACACACCUUGGAGAACGCCCUUUUCCGUGUAAGAUAUGUGGCAGAUCCUUCUCUACCAAAGGCAGCUUGCGGUCACAUCUGGCCACCCAUCAUGCCCGACCACCCAAUGCACGUGUCCAGAACUCUUGCCCCCUGUGCCAGCGUAAGUUCACUAAUGCCCUAGUGCUCCAGCACCACAUCCGUAUGCACCUUGGUGGACAGUUGCCCACAGAUGGCACUGAGGAUUCUGCACAUGAGAUGCCAGCUGAAUCUAAUGCCAAUGCCUUGUCACAAUCUCAAUCCCAGUCCACUGACCCAAAUACUGCAUCUAGUAAAACACCUCCUCUAGCAGGCCACUCUAAGAGCCCAGUCCCAAGCUCACAAUUUCAAACUCCAGCAGUUGGCUCGGUCCCUGUCUCUGGCAGUAUGAAAUCAGUUGAAUUCACCAAAACUUCCAGCAAAUCUGGGUCCUCCAGCCCAGACCUCAUCCCCCCCUCUGACCUUAGCCCUGACCCCUUCAUGAAUCCCACCACACAAACUCCACCACCAGGCAGUGUAGACCCCCCUGUCCUUUGUGUCAGUGCCCCCUUGCCAGCCUCCCAGCAGUCAGAUCAAGCUUCCCCAGUUGGCAAAGACAACCAAGUUGAACAACAAGCCACUGUUGAUGUUCAUCUUCCUAAAUCCACCCCCUUACCAAUUUCCUCCACUAAAACCACAGUGUCAUCUAUUGCUAUGGUAGUGGACUGUGGAGAGGAUGAAGCAUCUACCUCCGCUGAUGCCUUCCUUGGCUCCAGAUCAAACCUGGAGGACUUACAAAGUACACCUGCCCUUGGUGCCCCCUUUGCUUACACCUGUCCCAGUACCUCCUCUAACCCCAUCCUGAGUCAAGAUGUUCUUAAUGUUAAUGCAACACCAACCUUGGAAUCAGACUCAGUCUCCCCAAGGCCCCAAUCACCAGAACCCAUGGAAGAAGACAAAGAUCAGUCUCCUCCACCAGCAACACCAAAGCAAGACCAAGUAACUGUGCCUGAUGAGGACCCCAAAAUUACGUCCACUUUGGAGACUGCUGACACUAUUGGUGCUGAGGUAAGGGGUGCAUCACAGAGAGCUGACACUUUUGUAAGGGAGACACGUCAGAGCUUUCAUUUUGGUUCGUAUGGGAAAGAAGACCGGGUGGAAGGUGUUAAGAUUAGUGGAUUGGCUCCAGGUGAAGCACUGGAUGCUUCUGUUCCCAUCAGCCUCGCCCCAACCCUCCCAUCUCCGAUGUCUCGUCCUGAGAAGAAGACCUAUUGCUGUGCUGAGUGUGGAAAAGAGUAUGCCAGUCGCAGUGGACUGAAGGGGCACAUGAAGCACCAUGGCGUGGUAACCAAAACAACACGUCCAGCAGCCCGGAGUAGUCGUUCCUCUGCUGACCAACUUCCUUCUUCUACAUCUAUGACUUCCUUGAACAUUCCUGCCACCAGGAGCUCAGCAGGCUUCUGGAACCAGUACCAAGCCUUCCUCAACACCAGUAACGAGCCAACUGAUGACCCAACCGCUGGCAGCCAAGGAGAGAAUGAGUUGGCACGGUCUGCAAAAUCACCUGUUCGAUCUCAGAUGGAUCCAAGAACCCCUGAUGAAGCUAGGGAAGAGUCUAGUGAAGGGUCAUAACUCGAGUCAGCGUGAUUGGCUGGAUAAUAUUCUGGUGUUUUCAAUCAAUGUUUACCUGUUGGUGAAACUGUAUGGGCAUUUGCGUAGUACUGCUUCCUCAACACAUUUCAAGUAGCCUGUCAGUUUGAUAGUCAAAGUAAAAUGUUUGUAUGUGAAAGUUGUGAGUCAACCAGCUUGGUCUUGUGUUAAAAAAAGAGACACCUAUUAUACAAAUAAAGGUUAAAAUAUUCAAGAAGUAACAAAGUGAGUCCAGUUUUUGCUGGAUUUGAUAAAAAGUGACACUACCUUUGUCUGGCUGAAGUUGUUAAUAGUUUGAUGCAAAUUCUAACAAAAAAAGAGUAUCCCUGUUGUGUUAAUGUUUCAUAUCAGACCUGGGUCAAAUAGUUAUCAGUAUAUAUUUUUUUGUCAUUUAUUUACUUACCAGGCACAGAUAGGUAAGGUUUACCACAUUUGAACAAAUUAAAUAUCAUCAGCUAAUUUGUGAGUCACAAUUUACACUAAAAGAAUAGUUUAAAAUAUAUGUAAACAUUUUGGGACUCAUCGUGUUGUGUCAUAUACCAAAUCUGAUCCAACUGGCACCAAAUGAGGCCCAUGCUAACCAAAAGAAGAUUGCUUUGCAAAUGCUUCCUGACCUAGGUCUGUUUUAUAUCUAAAAGAUUCUUCCCUUCGGUUACAGAGGGAACUGACAUAAAUGAGGAAAUUAGGUAAGCAACACAAAGUUUUGCUUGUUUUGCUUACCUAAUUUACCUAACUUUGUUUUGCAAAGCAAUACUUUGUUUUGCAUGAGCAAGCAAGUCCAACAAACUGAAUGUGUAUUAAGUCUUUUGUCCCCCAUCUUGUGGUUCAGAUAAACUACUCACUCAUGUCAUUGUGGUUUACUUUUCACUAUAUUGUCCUGUCAAACCAGAAGCACAGCUGCAGUGUUUGUGAACCCAGUGAGGACAUGGUCUUGUGUGUGACCUUUGACCUUCAGCUUUGUGAAUAUUAUGAUUGUUGUUUGGUCCCAAAGUAAUAUCUGUAACACUUUCUCAGUUACUAAAACUCUAAGUUACUAUAUAUAUCAAAAGUCUAUGUCUGUUUGUUGUAAGCUGUACUUUCAGUAUCUCCAUAUUAAAAACCAAUUUGGAAAAACAAAA